AAAGAAGAUGAAGUGCAAAUGUGAGAUUAUUUUGGGAUUAUUUAAAGGUGAGAUUAUUAUGAGAAGAUCAGUGAAAGGUGAGACUAUUCUUGUCAAUUUUUCCAAAUGAAAAUGAAAACUUAUCCAAAUCUUGCCUGCCAUUUAGUUUAUUUUUUCUUUUAUUAUUUUAUCGAUGUUUCAUUUGAACCAACCCAAAGACUUUUCCAAUUUUAUUAGAAAAAACGAUUGGUGUACAUGUUUUUUUACACUUUGACACUCUUGUGUGUGUACAGACCAAGUUGUCUUUAUUCAAAUACUACCUCCGUCCUACAAAGAAGUUAUCACUUUCCUUUUUAGCAGUUCCAAAAAGAAGUUCAAUUUUCCCUAAAUGAAAAAUUAUCCUACAUCAAAACAGUGCAAAAGAAUGCAAAACAGUAUCAAACAGUGUCAAACAGUGUCGAAAUAAUGUCAAAACAGUAAAAUUUACCCUUGAUAAGUUUAUUUCCUUAUAUGUGUUUAAACAUCUUUGCGGGACCUCGGAAGGAGUAACUAUGUAAGGCUCCAUAGAGCUGUCUAGUUACGAACAAUCGUGUUUGCGUAGACAGAUGUUUUAAAAGUGUAGACACCCAAAAUUUUAAAAUGGUUCAUAUUGAUUUUAGUGAUUCAAAAUGACAUGAUUUUCACCUUUUGAAAUGUAUUGUACCCUAUAUUACUGGUUUUAUUAGUUUAUUGGAUUGUCGUGGACUACUUCCAACCCUAUAUUAAACAAUUAGCUAGAAGUCAGAUAAGCCUAAAAGUAGGUAAAAUUCCACACAAAAAGGUUGUCUAUAAUGAUCAUGACCUUACAAAAUCAAGGCCUCAGCCUCCCCUAAAACAUCUUUCUCCCCAAACCAAAACCCUACAGGCCGCGAAAGGCCGUAACCAUGGAUAUCGGCAUUGUGGAAAUCGAAGGGUCCUAUGAUCUCUUUACCGUCAAUUUCCACCGAAGCGCUAUCGAAACCCUAGUGACAUGUGAACCUAGCAAGGUCGUCUCCUGGAUCAACGACAUCGAGCGCAUCCACCGCGGCCGUCUCCACCGCCUCAUCGUCGGUCUCGACGUAGAGUGGCGGCCGAGUUACUCGCGUGACCAGAACCCAGUGGCGACUCUCCAACUCGCCGUCGGCGACCGAUGCCUCAUCGUCCAACUUCUCUACUGCAGCGCCAUUCCCGACGAGCUCUUCGGGUUCCUCGCCAACUCGUCCUACACCUUCGUCGGUGUCGGAAUCGGCGCAGAUCUGGAAAAGCUGGUGGAAGACUACAAUCUGGCGGUUACGAACGGGGUGGAGUUGCGGAACCUGGCGGCGGAUCAGGCUAACGACAGAUCGCUCAGAAAUGUCGGGCUGAAGGAUAUGGCCAGGAGAUAUUUGGGGGUGGAGAUGGUGAAGCCGAGAUGGGUGACGAUGGGAAGGUGGGAUCAGGAGUGGCUAUCCACAGCGCAGAUUCAGUAUGCCUGCGUUGAUGCCUUUGUUUGCUUCGAGGUUGGCAGGAUUUUGGAUGCUUCAGUCCAUCAGGGUAAUGGGGCUUAUCAGGCCCGUAUUACUGUCUAAUUUCUUUUUCCGGCCCAACGGGAAAUUUGAAUGUGCUGAACUGCUUGUGGAAUGUGGAGUACUAUGUGCAGGUUUCUGAUUAAACCUCACAGUCACAAUCCUAUUUGAUUAUUAAGCGAUAUAUUGCUAUGUAUGUAUUUAAAUGUUGAUGCAAACUUAUGCCUAGAUUGACGUUGGGUCAUUUUAGUUGUUUAAAUUACUAGAUUCUCACCCGCGCGAUGCGUGGGAUAUUAAAAUGUAAUAACGAUAUGAUAUCAUUUGUAAAUAUUACUUGGUCGUGUGAAAUAAAUGCCAAUUGUCAUAAUAAAUUAUAAUUAAAGAUCGG